AUUAAAGAUGUCAUUUAUAAAUAAUUAUAGAAUAUUAUAUUACUAUAUGUGUUUAUAUAAAUAUAUUGAACGAUUUCUUCACAAUGCUGAAUAAAAAUACGAUGACAAAAUAGUAUAGUAUUGUAUUUGACUAGUACAUCAUCCUUGUCCGACAUGGCGGUGUUCAUGAUAAACAUCUGCAAAUUUAAUGGCUGUGGCAUUACAUUUCCAAGAUUACCGGACUUAAUUCAACACAUUGAAGAUGUUCAUAUCGAUUACGACCCUGUAGUAGUGGAACAAAAGGAGGCGUCUCAGCCGUCAUGUAUUCCCCUGAGCUACGUGUUGCGCUUCUUCACAGAAGCCUCACGAAGAGAAAUCCAAAAUAUGCCUCCUGUUCCCGAUGUCCGACGUCGCCUUGUCUCUGCUCCCAACACACCUUCUGUUCGCAGUAGCACACCCACAGGCAGCGAAAUGGACGAAGAUGAACUGAUGAGCCCAUCUGAAGAUAGCAAUGAUUCUUGGACCACCGUUGAAGAGUAUAGCUCAGAAUACAUACUGCGAUAUGGUGUCAAUAAGGUAAACACCACCGCGUCAUCGGGGGUCCCAGGGUCAGCCGCGCAGGAGAAGCCCUUCGCGUGUCCCGUGCCCGGCUGCAAGAAGCGGUACAAAAAUGUCAAUGGCAUUAAAUACCAUUCUAAGAAUGGGCACAAAAAGGAUGGCAAGGUAAAAAAGGCCUACAAAUGCCAAUGCGGCAAAAGCUACAAAACGGCUCACGGUCUUAAGAGCCACAGCAUCUCCCAGCACAUCGCCGGCAGCCAGCCGCCCGUCCCCUCCCCCCCGCGGCCGCAGCCCCCCGCGCCCCUCAACAUGUCCGGGCUCGUGGUGACCGCGUCCCCCGCACACCGCCCCGGCCCCCUCAACAUCAUCGACGCCAUCGACGGAAACAAGCUAGUCCGCAUAUACGACAGCAUCAAAACCAAAGACCUGCCGUCGUUUACCAUACCGAAGCAUAACCUCGCUAGUCUGAACAUAGUAAGCGCUAACCAAAGCCGGCCGAUUCUUCUGACCCCGGCGUCGACCCCGGGCUCGAGCCCGCAGGACAAGCUCAAGUACUCGCCCAAGGUCACGGUCCAGAACACCCAGCCUCUCACGCCGCUUACGCCCUCUUACGAAUAAAUAGGAGCUUGUAACUGGCCAUGCAGAGGCUAUCUAUACGAAUUUAAACUCAUUAGUUGUAAACUUAACAGUUCCUAAAAAAAAAGAAAAAAUAUCUUUUAUUAAUUUUUCAUCUAACAUUUGUUAUUCAUCUUUUAUAUUUUAUCUCAUUAUAUGAAGGUGUUAUGCUAUAAUUAUGCUUUUUUUAGUUAGGCAGUUCGUUGCACAAUUCGUUCCACGUUCACCUUCACAUAACGAGGAACUGAUGUUUUUUUUUGUUCAUGAGAAAGUUUAUUUGUGUUGACAUUUUGUUCCCUUUUGUACCGUAUUUUAUAUCAAUAGUUUUAUAAGCGUAUAGUUUUGUUGAUUUGAUUAGACAGUCCUGGAUUUUUAAGUAGUCAAAAAAAAGAAGAAUGAAGUUUGAACUUACUUUGCUUUCAUGCGUUGAUAAUGUAAGAGUGAUCCUAUGAGGGGUCCUUUAUUUCCUGUUUAGGUAUGGAGCACUAAAAAUAAGCAAUAUUGACAUAAUAAAACCAAUUUAAGAGCAAUUAAAAUAAAAUAUUUCCGAACAAAAUUGUAUUAUAAUGCCAAAGAAACUCAUAGACGUGAUAUGAUAACAAUUUAAUUUUGUCUUGUUUAGAGUCUGCCAAACCAGAGUUAGGUUUCCGCCUAAUAUUUUCCUAAUUUCCAAACAGGCCAAAUUUUAGUGUAAACACAUCAUGGCAACAUCUUUGAAGUUCAAACUCCAUUGCAAUAUCAGGUUACAUACAAGUUUUAUUUCUUUUUUUGUGUGUCUUCCGACACAAAUUCGAAUAUUUGUCUAUGUAAUUCAUAUAUUUGUAUAUGUAAGUCUCGUCAAAGUUUUACUAAUAUGAAUUGCAAAAAUUAUUCAAACAUUUGAAGUAUUUGCAAUGUAAGUGUAUUUUAUGUAGUCAUUCAUCUCUUUGUGCCAUUAUUUUUAAUAUAUAUGUACUUAAUUUCCAUUUAUAUGAUAAAAUUCAUUAAUUUAAUAAAAACAUUUCCGGGACAUGUGUAAAAUUUUGAGAUAUUUGUAAUGAAAUGGAAAAAAACAACAAAAAUAGCAUUUGCUCUAGGUAUCGUUUCAAUUUAGGAUAAAUGACAUACUCGUAAAUGUGAUAUAAUAUUUAGAAAAAGUAAAAAAAAAUGCUUAUAAGCGUACACUUAUUAAAAAAAAAACCUAGUUUGUAAGGUCGUGUGCACAUUGUAGCAGUGUACACGUAAAUUAUUUGUGGCCGUUGUUUUAAUUAUUUUGCUGCGAAUAAUAUGACACGCACUAGUCAAAACAUGUGAAACAUUGGGAUUAAAUGAAAAAAAUUACUUUUAAGCAGUAGUUUAAUUUGUAGUUUAUUUCAUGAUUGAUGGACAUCAUUUGUUAUUAGAUUUGCGAUUAUUUAGAUCUUAAAAGAAUCUUAAAAGAAUAAUAAUUAUUAGCGUCGAAGAUUUCACGAGAUGAGAUUUCUGUGGUUCGGUUUUAGACAUAGAUUGUAAGGGUGUAUCAUGGCUCACCCACUAUAGAGUGGGUGAGCCAUAAUGGUUUUGACUAUGUGUGUCCUAAAUGUGAGGGCAAACUGGCGCAAUAUGUGUGUCCUAAUAAAUGUAAAUGUACUUAUUUAUUUUAUAAUUAUUUGAUUGUUGAUGAAUUGUAUUAUUUAUUUCGCGUGAUUAUUUGUGAUUACCCGUGCUAGUUUGGCCAAAUGCGUGUUUAACCAUAAGAUCUUAAGUAAAUCUCCUUAAUUAAAAUAAGUAUAUACUAAUUAGCUUCCAAAGUUAAUCUUAGUUUCAUCACCCAUUGUGGUAAAUCCUGCAAGUCGAAUGAGCUUAUUCAUGUAUACCUGUCAUUGUUCAUCAUUACGCAUUUUCCCUCUGCAUACAUUGGUCGUAACUCUAUGUGGUAUUGAGCUAUAAAUUCUAUAUAAUAUAGCACAUAUUAGCUAUGUAAUACGACUUAUAUUGUCGCAAAUUGUCUUUCUGUGUAAUAUUGUCUAAUUGAGAAUAACAAUAUUUUGUCUGUUGGUCUACUCCACGUUUUGUUUAUAUUAUGGCAUAACAUGAACCAACAACAUCAUUAAUGUUUUUAUGGAAUAAGCCCUUAAGUUGCCUUCAAUUUGGUGGUACUCAAUACAGUGGACUUAACAAUAUUUUUAAGGUGCGAUGGAACAAUUAAAGUGCAAUUUUGGCGAAAAUUUUAAAGAUAAUGUAAAGGAUGAGGUGCUAUACAAACAAGGGAUUUGGGAUGUAGCUUUUGAGAACUAGAUUCUUAGGUAUAGAUAAAAUGGGUUCACAGACAUACCCAAUGAUCGUAGAUUAAAGGUUGCGGUGCUAAACGGGUAAAAGUGUGAUAUUUGGAUUAAAAUGUAUGUUUAGUGCGACUACCAAAGAGAUCGUCACUUGUGAUAUGAAUAGCUGGCUGAAGCCUUAAAAAUUGUAAUAAUAACUCGUUGAGGCAGUUAAGAGGGUUGGCUUUAGAAUAUAGAAUAACGUUCUGAAAAGGAAACUUUAAUAAUAGUUAUAAACUUCAUAAGUAUACAAAAAAAAUAUUAAGUGUGCUAUUCUAAAGCUGCUCCGAAAAAAAAAUAUACUCGAUUAGUGAAUCGAGUAUAUUUUGCUAUAAGUAUAUUUUGCCCUAGCAAUCUGCAUCUUUAUUUAGUGAUAAAAAUAAUUCAGGUAACUAUUUAUUCAAGUAAGUCACAAAAAAGUGUAAUUAUUGGAGAUUAUAAAUUAAAGAAACUAUUGAAAAGUCAUAAAUGGCUUCUCGCUAUAUAAUUCAUUUUAAUAUAAAUUGUAUAUUUGUGUAUGUCACCCACAUAGCAGAAUGCUUAUACAUAAGUACUUACUACUGAAUAACAAAAAAAAUAUGUUACUAUAAAAAGUGAAACUAUUAUUACCGUCCUUUCCCUAUAAAUAUCUAUUUAUUAGAAAUCUGACACCUAACAGUCUGUAUUCAUAAGUAGCUGUGUUUUAGUUGUUGAUCCUGUCAUGAACAACUAUAGUAAGCACUCAACGAAAUCUAUCCAAAACUCAAUAUUAUGCCGAAAACUUCACAUAAUAAUUUUGUUUUAUUUUUAUCUACAGUCGGCCGUGGGAUUCGAAGGGUUGACAAAAAAUUAAGAAACCUUUACUUUUGUGUGUAAUUGUGAUACUCAAUAAUUUAGUAUAGGAAAUUGGAAUUUGUUGUUGAAAAUGUGUAUCAAUUUAUCUAUUAAAAAUUCGAAGAUUGUUUCUUGGCCAGGUUUAAAAAUGUUCCGAUUCGAUUGAUUUAUAAGUGUUUUGCUAGAACAGAGAAAUAUUUGAUUAGUAACUGUUCUAGCAAACAGGCUAUUUUCUCGUGUUCGACCGUUUCUUUAAGAGGACAUUUACAUCGAACGAAUACAAGUGCGUUUCUAUAAGAAAGCUAAAGAAGAUAGUCUCUCAGCCGGCCAUAGAAAUAAUUCUUACUAUUUAAUUUGUUUAAUGUUUUUGAAUUGUUGAUUUGUUUGACGUAAUUUUAUGAAACUGCUCAUUUUAUAUUUAUUUCUCAUUUGGACAUGUUUAUUCGUUAAUUUAAGACUGAUAAUUGAGAAUAUUGAGUGUUUUCAAAUUUAAUUUAUUACUUUUAUAAAGACAUUCAAACUUGCUCAUAAAUGUUGCAAUCAUACAAAUUACAAUUGUAUUAAUAAUAAUGCGUAUUUAAUAGGUUUAAAUCUAUGCAGCUAUCAAUUAUAGCUUUCUUAAAUUAUUUAUUGAUUGUUAAUUAAAUUGAAAGUAUUAUACAACGAUAUUUCCUGUUUUUUACCAGUUUAAAAUUGAGUUUUAAACCAACCGGAGAGAGAGACCAUAAUUUUUUAUGCAAAACUUUGCCACUUCAGUGCGGGGCGAAUGCCACAAUUGAUAUUUUAUUCGAUAACAUUAUUAAAUACUAAUACUAAAUACUAUGUAAACAUAAUGCCAACCACGUCGCAAUCGUACCUGGCGCGGAGAGGAACGCUUGUAGCCACCACUCCGGUUGGUUUAAUAAUUAGUCUGAAAACGCCUUUUCUCAGGACUUGGUCUGUGGUUGUUGUCAAUAAAAAUAUGACCAAUUUUAAAAUUGUUUUGAGUUUGGAGGAGUUAAAAAAUUGUUAAGAUAGCGAUUUUAUGGAAGCCUAAUGGAAUAUGGAUAUAUAAAUCACCAUAUACGAAUAGGUCGCUUGAUAUUAUAUUGAUUCCUAGACACAGAAUAACAUCAGAACGCUUCGUUUCUUAAAACUGUUUGGAUGAUCACAGUUCGUGAACGGUUGUGAGUAAAUUUUACAUAGCUGUGGAUAUUUAAAAUUCAUCAUCGUUUAUAUGUGCUUUAAUGCAGAUCAACUGGCGCAUUCAACUAUGUAUCUGUGGUUUAAUAUGAAAUUUCAUCUGAUAUUAUGAAGGGGAAAGUUUUGUACGUUUUAAUCAAUCUUCCAUGUUUAGGAAUUCCUAAACAAACCCGUAAUGAUAAUGAAUUAUAGUAUAAUUAACUUCAAUUUUAGUUCUGCAUGUUGUGUCAUGUGACCCAUAUUUUGUGUCCAUAAAUGUUUAAAGCAGUGUAUAUAGCAGACUACAUACACCGCAGACCGCACCCACCCAACAAAAUGACGUUCAUUGAAAAGUGAGCUUUAUAGCGUCAUCUGUAGACAUAAUUUAUAUUAACAACAUGAGAGCUGUCAAUGUUAAAUAAAAUAUGUACAGUAUUUUCUUACAGUUGAAUUUCGCCGAAAAAUAAAUCAAAUAUUAGUUCAAACAUUUAUUAACCACGAAAUUAAUUUCUUAAAAAGAAUAUUACGUGUAAAAUAUUUAUAAUAUUUAUAAGAAAAAUGAACUUUACAGCGAACGCUCUAAAGUUUAUGUUUCAAUUAACGUAAUUUUAUCAGUGCUGUUAUCGGCUACGACAUUUAUUACUAUGGUCUAAAGUGCAAAUUUGCACACUAUGUACUGCGUGUCUACAAUAAUAAGAUGAUUGUACCGUGAUCAUUUCCAUGUCUAUAAUAAAAAAAAAAACUACCAUUAAA